CAAUGAUCAUCCCGCGUGAAACAUGCAGGGAUGUCAUUUUACGGCAGACAGCCUAUUUCGGCCUAUGGUGACGACUGGCGAUCGUAAAUCUGUAGCAGACGCCCGUAGGGCCCGUGACGACGUGAUGUGCUGGUGGCUGGGUAGAAAGGGUGAGACGUUGACUUGCAUAUCGCGUAUGAAGACCCGUGCAUGGCCCUGGCACCACUCCGGAUUGUGGGUGCUACCGAUUUGGGAGCAUUGAACCACCCUGAUGCGACACCCUCUAUCCGAGCAUCCCCGCUUGCUCAGCCUCCUCGCGCAGCGAAGCGAGUCUCACCUGGACUAGAGCUGCGCUUGCAACGGCUUGAGGAGCAGAAGCGCAGGAGAGAAGCCGAGCGGAGGAGGCAGGCUAGUAUCGGCCGCAUCCCGCAGGAGCAAUUGGCCGAGCUUGAACAGCUUCAUCAGCAGCGCGUGAUCGAGGUCAGACGAAGGGGCAGAGCCUGGUCUGGUCCUCCAGUGAGGGUAAUGCCAUCCUCUGGUGGCGUGAAAUUGGAUGGCGGGCCUGUGUCAGAGGCAGAGACUUCGAUGCUGGAGAGCGAUGUCUCAUCGAUCAUAUCGAUUAGUGAGCGGCUGGUGCACUCUGACUCGGACGGAGAAGAUGAGCAGGACGCGUUGCACGACUCCCACAAGUAUCGCAUGCCGGAUCCGGGCAAGACACGGCUUCAUCUGCGGACCAAACUGCCUCUCAGCCCAUCGCCUGCUUCGCCAAGGCGACAAACAAGCAACUCUGCGCCAACCACGCCGAAGACGCCAAAGUCACCGCGCAAUGGGAUGGAGCAUAUGUUGGGCUCGCCGCUCGCACGUCACAAUGCCAGUGCGGAAAGUGUGACAGACGGCGACUUUGUGGCUUCCGGUCUAUCACGAGCAGGUUCAAUUUAUUCGAUAAUGAGGAUGAGCUUCUCCGAACAGCUGUCGCAGCUCACUAGUGUGCGCCUCCCGGACCCGGACUCUCUGGCCAAACGCAUAUCGUCGAUACCCACGGCGAAGGAGGCAUCGAAGGCGCUCGUGGAUGCAUCUGAGCAAAUUCGUAUGUGGAUAAGCAAGGCAGGGGAUUUGCUCAGUGGGUUGAACGCUCAAGAUGAUGUUGAAUGGGCUGCAGCAGGUGGCAGAGAAGGCAUCGAAGAAGUUGACAGUGCCAUCAGCCGGUUUGAAACGCUGGUCCAAGUUUAUGUCGCGGCAAUCGAACGUUUGCAGACUCGAAAGGAUAUUACAGAGCUUGCUCCGACCGAGCUUACGGGAAGCGUGAAGCAAAUGGAGGGCAUCCUAACUAGCUGGCAGAAGGUGAAGCUGACUCUCAGAGGCGUCAAGGAACAAGUCGAAAUCGCGAUGGAGUGGGAAGAGCUGUGGAACAGCGUCCUCGGCGAGAUUGGCCAGGAAUUGGACGGCUUGAGCCGCCUGAUUUUCGAAAUGGAGGAGAAGCGGCAUGAAGGCGCCGAGAGCCUACUCAACGGCAAAGAUAGCAUCGCCAUCGACGAGCUCGAGACGAUAAUGGAUGAGCAACCAAGGCCAGGUUCCGCACCUGCCAGCAACCGCUUAAGCCUGCCGUCACUGUCGUCUAGUCUGGCGAUACGACCUACAUCCACUCCCACCAGCACCGAAUCGAGCUUACUCGGCUUGUUUGCGCGUAUGCAGCCGCUGCGAGCUUCGCUCGACUUCCUUCCUAUGCGACUUUCCGUCUUCCAUUGUCGCGGCAACUCCCUCUUUCCAACCGCGUGCCUCGAUCUAGAACAACGUCGAGAUCAACUCGAGGUGCAAUGGAAGCGGUUGGAGGGAGACGCCGAGUCUCUGCGGCGAGAGCUCGGUGAAGACAGAUGGGUACUUGUGUUCCGCAACGCGGGCCGACAGGCGCUGAAGAUGUGCGAAUCGAUAUCCCGGAGCUAUAACAAGCUCAAAGAUGGUAUGGAUGCAGCCGAGCCGGUUAACGAUGCACCCAGCUUCAACAAGAAGAUAGAGAACUAUGAAGCGAAGAAGACUCACUAUGGACCCGCCAUCGAGCGGGUGUUGGCUAUCAUCGACCGUGGAGUGCUGGAUAGACUGACAGUCAACGGCGAGAUUCUACGCUUGCAGAGCGACAUGAAGCGGAGAUGGAGCGCUCUGCAGGCUGACAUGCAAGAUAUGGAUCUGGUGCUUGAGGAUGCCGCGAGCGAGACAAGCAGUAGCAAGCACUUGCGGGACUCGGUUUCCACGGUCGUCUCGAGCGAGCCCUCCAUCUCGAGUAGCUUAGUCGAUACACCUGGCACAUCACCAGCAAGCAGCGUAUUCGGCGCGAGCACGCAGGGCAGCUUUCAUGGGUCGCGCACGCCCACACCUCUUCAUGGUAGUAAGACGAGGCAGGCAAGCUAUGAUCGAGCAAGUCUUGGCGGCAGACCGAUGAGCCGCAUUUCCUCCACCAGCUCCAUUCCGCGGCGGGUUGUGUCAAGCAACAGAAUGGAGCACUCAGAGCCACGCUCAAGCCCCACACCAUCAUCAGCAGCUACGAGGAUCGAGCUGAAGUCGGAGACGCCAGGAAGCGAUCGUCCACGCUGGCGCGGCUGGACUAAGAGCGAGAACCGUGAUUUCCUGCCGCUAUCUGCGCUGGAGCCGUCACCAUAUGCAAAGACGCCCGUUACACCUAAGACGAACUUCUUACGCUCCACGCGACUUGCUGCUGCCCCAUCUACUGCACCCGCGAAGCGAACGAGUGCGCUCAGUGAUGACAGCAACUCACGGGGUCAACUCCAGCAACCACUAACUGGACCUCGUAAAUCAUCGCUUCCGGUCUCCGCUGUCACAUUUUCGGUAGGUCCUGGCGCAUCCGUACCGAAGCCCAGCAAUUCAUCACUACGUCCGGCAUCGAGACCUACAAACGGCAGGCGGUCGAGCAUGCUUGCCCUACCGCCACUAACGGACGGCAACGAGGCGGAUUCUGAAAGCCCUUCUCAUCACAAGUCGCGAGUUCCGGGCGCUCCGGCUGAGAGGCGAAACAGUAUGCUCCCUCCGCGCGCCAGGAGCAGACUGGAGGAGACAGCUGUUCCGGCGCAAGCUGAGAAGCCAAAAUGGCGAGGGUGAUCCGGGAGCUCUCCGAGCGUACGGUUGCACAGCAUCUGUAGCUCGUAUGAUCUACGCUAGAGUCAUGAAUUGAUGCUUGGGAAGAUCAACUCGGAUGAGGCAAGACGUUAGUGUAGCGCUUAAUAUUAGCGGUAUGUGAGCAUUGUAUUAGCGUAGUGCUUGAUUA